AUGGCUACGCAAUUACCACCACCAACCAAGAAACAAAAGAAAGAGGCUCAACAACCUCGUGAUAUUGGUUUAGUACCAGAGGGGUUGCCAAACAUAUCUAUUAAAUUCCAAGCUUUAGAUACAGGUGAGACUGUAGGUCAUUCUUUGAGAGUACCAGCAGGAAUAACUGAAAAACAACUAGAAGAAUUAUUAAACCAGCUGAAUGGUAAUAGCGAUGAUCCUGUACCAUACACGUUUAGUUGUGAUGUUCCAGGAAAGAGAGCAUCUGACCCACAACAAACAGUUGAUAUAGUGGAUACUCUUUAUUCGUCUCUUUUAAAACCGGGCCACAAGACUUCUGAAGAUACUGUAACAUUAGUGUUUACUCCGAAGGCUGUCUUUAAAGUAAGAGCCGUGACUAGAAGUUCCUCUGCCAUUGCAGGUCAUGGUUCUACCAUUCUAUGUUCAGCAUUUGCACCUCAUACAAGUUCACGAGUUGUCACUGGUGCUGGUGAUAACACUGCUAGAAUCUGGGAUUGUGACACUCAAACACCAAUGGCAGUACUGAGUGGCCACACUAAUUGGGUACUAUGUGUUUCAUGGUGUCCCGAUGGUGACUUGAUUGCUACAGGGUCAAUGGAUAAUACUAUUAGACUUUGGGAGUCCCAACAUGGGAAAGCAGAGGGAGAUGCAUUGAGAGGUCAUCACAAAUGGAUUACCUCAUUGGCUUGGGAACCUGUUCAUCUUGUAAAGCCAGGUGAAAGACCAAGGUUAGCAUCUGCAUCAAAGGAUGGUACAAUCAAGAUUUGGGAUACAACUAGAAGAGUAUGCCUAUAUACUCUAAGUGGUCAUACUAACUCUGUUUCCUGUGUGAAAUGGGGUGGCCAAGGUCUUUUGUACACAGGUUCUCACGAUAAAACUGUUAGAGUAUGGGAUAUGAAACAAGGCGGAAAAUGUAUCAAUAUCUUAAAGAAUCAUGCACAUUGGGUGAACCACUUGUCUCUGUCGAGUGACUAUGCCUUAAGGAUUGGUGCUUUUGAUCACACAGGUGUGAAACCAAGUACACCACAAGAAGCCCAAGCGAAGGCACUGGCCAAUUACGAGAAAGUUGUCAAGAAAAAUGGUACCCUUGAAGAAUUGAUGGUUACUGCCAGUGAUGAUUUUACGAUGUUUUUAUGGAACCCAACAAAAACUACGAAACCAUUAGCUAGAAUGACUGGUCACCAAAAACUAGUGAAUCAUGUUGCAUUCAGUCCCGACGGUAGAAAUAUUGUCUCUGCAUCAUUUGAUAAUUCUAUUAAGUUAUGGGAUGGACGUGACGGGAAAUUCCUGGCUACCUUUAGAGGUCAUGUUGCUAGUGUUUAUCAGGUUGCGUGGUCCUCUGAUUGCCGUUUGUUGGUGUCAUGCUCUAAGGAUACUACGUUAAAGGUUUGGGAUGUUAGAACACGUAAACUUUCCGUCGAUCUUCCGGGUCAUAAAGAUGAAGUUUACACUGUAGACUGGAGUGUAGACGGGAAACGUGUCUGUAGUGGUGGUAAAGACAAGAUGGUUAGACUUUGGACCCAUUGA